AUCGGGCUCGAGCUUCCGUAAAUUACCUCCCUUGGUGAGUUCUUCUGAAAUGUUUUAUUGACAACGCACGAAUAUUUCAACACUAUCUGGAUUCCUCAGUCAUUGUGCUAUUUUCCGUAAAAUAGAAUCAAGUUUCCUACAAAAAAACGAAAUGGCGUCAUUUGGAAAAAUGAAAGCUAGGACAAAGCAAGCAAAGAAACAAGAUGUAGCAGAAAAGGUUCAAGAGAUUCAACUGAGACAGAAGAACUGGAUGGAGCAGAGAGAGGCCGCACUAAAACAGAGAGCUACAUCUGUGCCAAAAGCGUCCCCAGUUGAAAAGAAGACUCAGGUAUCUACAAAAGAAAAUAACCAGUCAUCUUCAGAAAAAAUUGGAUCCUCCUCCAAUAAUAGAUUACACAAAGAACGUUUCAAGUCUUGGCUAGCUGCCAGAGAAGAGAGAGAAGAGGUGGAUCAAAGAGAAUAUGAGGAUGAUGUGGAUAUACUCAAAGUAUCAAGUUCUCGGAAUCCUGGAUAUGCCAGUCCUGAACCAGGGUGGAAUGAAGCUUCGGGAAAUUAUAAAGACUACCAGAAAUCCAUGAUCAUGAAUCAGAUGAUGUCAUCUGAGGACUUCGAUGCAAAGGCAGACAAUAUUGUGUCCCGUGUGAAAUAUGGAUUGGACAGAGGACACAGUGGAGCAGGCGAUAAUAAUACUACAGGAAACUCUGACCUGUCUAGUCAUUACUGUCCAGUGUGUAGAAAUCUGAUGAAGGGUGACCAGCAUUCACCUCUAAUAUAUGUUCCAUGUGGCCAUAGCACAUGCAUAACCUGUUCUAAGGGAAGACAUCUCUGUCCAUCUUGUGGAUCCCAGUCCUCUUCUAAAACAAGGAACAUAAUGUUGAUGCAAAUUAUAGAGGACUAUCACAAAUCCUCAAAGAAUCUCCAGGAACAACACAACAAGGAAAUGUUAAGCAAUGAUUACAAUACAAAACAUCACCAGACAGCUGCCCGGAGAAACAGAGGAAUAAACAAAUCAAAGUACCGAGAGGAAUAUGAGAAUUUAAAAAUGAGACAAGAAGUUUUAAAAAUAGAAAUAAAGGAAAUUCAGGGACAGAUCAACUCCUAUGUAAAACAGAUUUCAGAUGGGGAAAAACAGAUUUCAAGUGUCAAACGUGAAGAAGAAAAAAUUAUAGGUCAAAUUCAGGCUCUGCAGGAAAAGCUUCGUGCAUUGGAAGAACACAGGACUCAGUAUGAAACUGACAGUGAGUGUACUCGACAAGCUCAGAAAGAGGCUCGAGCAAAACUUCAUCAAACUCAGGAUAUUUUGUUGACAGUUGAGAUACAAAUGGAAAAGGCAAGGUUGCUGGCUGAGCAGUGAUCAGCAUUAAAGAAGAAAAACAAAAUUUGAUUGGCUGAUUAUUAAUGAAGAAAAACAAAAUCUGAUUGACUGCGCAUUGAUGAAGAAAAACAAAUUGUGAUUGGCUAACCUGUAUUAAAGAUUAACAGAAUUGUAUUGACAACCAAAUAUGCAAACUUUUAUUAUUUGUUUAUCAUUUUUAUGUGCCGCCACCUAGAAAAAUUGAUCGCGGCAUAUAGUGUUACCCCAUCCAUUCUGUCAGAAUUUGUUUUCCAAAUUUUUUAUUGUGCUUCUAGAUAAUGACCUCAUUUUCUUUAUAUUGAUGACUUAAAGAUCUGUUUCAGGUUGAUUAUUAUUAUUAUUAUAUCAUAUUAUCAUUUAUUUUAAUUAAGUCAUUCAUUGCCCUUAGACUUGGAAAAUUUCUAAUUAUUCACAAUUUCCCAAAUAUUCUUAGCUGUGUUUGCAGAUACUGAGCUGAUUUUUUUGUCUGUCUCUGUAUAUUGAUGCCUCUAUAUAUUUAUGACUGACAAAUCCCUACUGAUUCACAUAUAUUUACAAAAGUUAUAGCCCUCAGACUUUGAAAAUUUCUAAUUAUUAUACUAUAAUUAUUAUAGGAAUCACUCUGUCUGUCUGUCCGUCUGUCUGUCCUUCUGUCUGUCUGUGCAGAUUUGUGUCCGGGCCAUAACUUCUUUGUUCUUUGACUUAGGCAUACCAUAUUUGGCACACAGGUGGAUCACCAUGAGACGAUAUGUCGAGUACCUUCAUGACCUCUAUUUGACCUUGACCCUUGACCUCAUGCAAGGUCAAAAUUAAAGGUUUUUACAAUGGAUUCGUGUCAGGGCCAUGACUUCUUUGUUCUUUGACAUAGGCAUACCAUAUUUGACACAUGAGUGUAUCACCAUGAGACGAUGUGUCGGGUACCUAUAUGACCUUGAACUUUGACUUCAAGGUCAAAAUUGAUUAUAGGGUUUUGACAUAGUCAUACCAUAAGACAUGGGUGUAUCACCAUGAGACUAUGUGUCAUGUACAUUUAUGACCUCUUUAUGACCUUGACCUUUGAUCUCAAGGUCAAAAUUAUAGGUUUAUGCCAUGGAUUUGUGUUCGGACUAAAUAUUCCAUUUUCUUCUACAAAGGCAUACCAUAUUUUUACACUCAGGAAAGAGGUAAUUUAUACCUAUUAACAAUACCCUUUGAGAGAUGGGGGGGGGGGGGGUACAGAGCUGCCAACCCUCACGAUUUUGGCGUAAGGCUUACGAUUUUAGGGCUGAAAAUACGCCUUACGAUUUCACCAUAUAUCUUCCGAUUUUCACUUAUUUGACAUUUCGAAAGUUUUAGAGUUGUCCGUCAUUGGUUUUUACUUUUAUAAGAAACAAGCCAUAGUCGUUACUACGUUUGCUUGCAUAGUCUAUAUAUAUACAAAAUCUCGAUCAUUUUAAUGCUUUGAAAUAAACAAUAUGGAAGAAAGAAAGGGAGAGUUUGUAUGAUAAGUGUACAAUCUGUUUAACAAACUUCAACAUUUUUCACGGCGGAGAAAAUGACAUUAAAAAACUUGCCAUAAUAACACAGUAACUGUAAAAGUAUAUAGUAUACUAAAGUAACAAGGUUUUAUACCCAAGGUUUAGAAAAUAAAAUCAAUAAAAGAUGUAUUUGACCUUCUGCAGUUGUAAAAUGCAUAACAAUUGGUUUGUCUAAAUUCAUUAAAUUUGGAUUUGAAAUAUGUUUAAAAUUGCUCAGGUUAUAUCUUUAUUCAUAAAAGAUCUCCAGCGGCAGGGGGCCUCGGCUUACUAUUUUCCAUUUCAUAAUGUUGGCAGCUCUGGGGGUAUUCUUAGUGAGCAUUGCUCACAGUACCUCUUGUUUAAAGUUUUCCAGACUUUUUUGGCUGUGUAGAUAAUGAACUGAUUUUUAAUAUAUGUCUACAUACACGGAUCAAGUUCAAGGUUCAUGUCAAUCAAUCUAGUUUUUUAAAAUUAUCAACAUGUACUGCAUUGCUAUUACAAAUGUAUUUUUAGAGUUGCAUGAUUAAACAGACUUUCUAUCAACACA